AUGGACGUUUCAGCACAACUUGAAGCUCAAAAAUCCAAAUACAAAUCAAUAAAUGUCGAAAAACAAGUUCCACUACAAUUCGAUCUCGGAUUAUUAGCCGGAUUCGAUGUAAAUGCACUGGAAGAAAAUAAAUUAAAAACAGAAACUGAUAAUUACUUAAAAUUCUAUACCCGUGACGGCACCCAACUCUUAAUUAAUGAAAUAUUCCGACUUCCUCUGACUUCGAUACAGGAUGUCGGUGUGGUUGCCGAGUUACCAAAGAUUGUUACCGUUAUCCCACGAGAAAAACCCUUGCCAAAACCAAAGCCACCGACACGAUGGGAACGAUUUGCAAAACUUAAAGGCAUUAAAAAGAAUAAAAAAAGUAAAUUAAUUUAUGAUGAGAAAAAGGGAGAAUGGGUUCCUCGGUGGGGAUAUAAGGGCGCAAAUGAUGAUGGUGCUAACGAAUGGUUGGUUCCCGUACCCGAUAAUGCCGAUCCAUUUGAAGACCAAUUCGCUAAAUUACGUGAAGCUAAAAAAGGACGAAUUUCAAAAAAUGAAACACGCAAUCGAAGAAACGUAGAAGAAGCAAGAAUUGAUGAAGAAUUGCGCCGACAAAUUUCCAUGGCCAAAACAUCAACUGCUAGCCAUGGGAAAUUCGACAAGCCUGUUAAAGGCGAACCAUCAACUACGAAAGGCGUUAAAAGAAAGUUCGAAUCGAACCUUGGAGACAUAAAGAAAGAAAAAGAAGCUAGGUUAAGUAUACUCAAUAAAAUAAUUGACAAAAAAGGCGAAAUUUUAAAUGUUAGAAAG